AAAAACGUGGCGUUACGUUAUUGGAAGAAAAUAUAAAAUCGGCGGGUGUAGGACAAGUACUUCAACACCAUCCUCUCAAUACCCUUUUUUAUAUUAAUUGAAAGCCCGAGCCCGACAUUCCCGAGACGACUCAUUUAACUCGUUAGAAAGAUCCUCUCCACUAGGAACUAGUUAUAGUCUUCUCUCUUCCACCAGAUUCUUUUUGGAUCAUGGCGAUAUCGGAUGUGGUGGUUGGGAAUUUGCUGAUCAUAUACGUGGCGGUUAUAGCGGGGAUAAAGGCGUACGGUUUAGUGUGUGGGAGGAAUUUCGGUGGUUGGUUUGUGUUGAUGGCGUCGACUACGGUGGUGGGUCUGAUCUUGGUCGGGGCUUUGACGUGGGACGUCAGUCGUAAAGCCACGCAAGCAAUUUCCGGUGAGGAUCAAGAUGCUGGUUCCCUUCAAGUUCACGAGAUGUGUAAAGGUGGUAUUUGCUGGCACGGCGUGGCUGUCCGGUUCCCUGCUUCUCAACUCCGGUUCAGCCUCCCUCAACAAAUUCCAUACGGUUCUUUGUAAAAAGAAGAAGAAAACUUUGGGAAUUUCAGGUUUAAAGCUGUAAGAUAUAAGAUUAGCUUUGGGUUUGGGUUUGGGUUUGGCCGAAAACAAAACCCCAUGAGGUCUUUUCCUUUUCUCCUUAAUUUUGAUUGAGAGGAAUAAAAGAGCGUGUAUAAGGUUAUAUAUAUAGAAGAAAUGAAAAUGAAGAUGCUUUAAUUUGUGAAUAAAUAAUUGUCCAUGGGUUUUGGUUUACCAACCAAAUGAAGCUUGUUUUCGUUUGUUUCCAAGUGGUUUUACUUAGUUUAAUUGUUUAGUUUUGGUAACAAUGGUUGUCUACCGACAAGCAGAACAGCAUAUUUGAUAUUAAGGAGGAAGUACAGAAGAGGAUUGUUGCUAUUGCAGUGGAAGUUAACGUGUCGGUAGUAGUAUGUAUGUGUGUCGGAAACUAUACAUAGAGUUCAGGAAAACAAGGAAUAAGAAGAGUACUGACUCAUUGUUAUGUUCUUACAAAUCUAAACAGUUGGGUUUGUUUUAGGUAGAGAAUAAUCUUGAGUUAGACUCUGUUUGUAGGUUUGUCACUUUGUCUGUUUAGAGCAAAGUCUUAUUUGUCCGUACUACUUGUUGGCUUUCCUGGGUUUUUUUAGCAGUACUUGAGAAUGAGUUUGCCAAAAUAUAAUGGUGAAAAUUUUACAA